CCGGGCGAGUUUCCCACGCAAACUAGCUAGCUAGCUACUCCUACUCGUACUAGCUAGCAGAGAGGGAGACGACGGCGGCGGUUAGAUCCCAUUCCCCCACGGCACGGCGAGAGGUACGAGGAGGAGGUACAGAUGUCGGCCGCCACUGGUUACAGCCGGUUCCUGCGGCAGUACAUGAGAGAGCCGCAGCGGCAUCAGCUGGUGGAGGCGGAGGAGACGGACUCCGGCCGGACCAUGCAGCUGUUCCCCACGCGCGCCGGCGGCGGCACGUCGUCGUCGUCGCAUGAACAGUCAGAUGAUGGUGCGCAGGCGGCCAACAAGGCAACGCUGAGCAUCUUCUACGAGGGCCGGAUGCUCGUGUUCGAGGAGUUCCCGGCCGACAAGGCCAAGGCGCUGAUGCAGCUGGCCGCCGGGUCGUCGGGCUCCUCGUCGGCGGCGGCGCCCAAUAACAAGGACGCCCCAGUACCAGUGGUGCGGGUGCGGCGGGUGCCAGAGCAGCCGGCAGCCACCGCGCCAUUGGCAGUCGUGCCCUCCGACCUGCUGCCCAUCGCGAGGAAAGUGUCGCUGCAGAGGUUCCUCCAGAAGAGGAAGGAGAGGAUCGCCGCCACCGAGCCUUACCCGGAGCCGGAGAAAGAUGAUGUUCCUGCCACCGCCACCGCCACCGCCACCGGCUGGCAAGCGACGGCCUUAAAGGAUAAACCUGCACCUGCCUCAUGGCUCGGGCUUUGAAAAUAAUGAUCCGAUCAUCUUGUUGUCUCCGUUUCAGAAUUUUUCAGCGUUGCGAAGAAUUCUUCUUCUUCUUUUUUUUUUAAAAAAAAAGCAACAGUUAAUUAUCCGUUGGUCUAUCGAGAGAUUUGAUGGAUCAUAUAUAAUAACCCGGCAGCUACAUUUCUCCUGGACAUCUAUAUGUAUUGAUUAUUGUAUGUUUUUUUAAUUUCAUCUAUCGGUGACAUGCUUUAUGUUAAUAACAUGCAAGCACACGAUUGCAUCUUAAUUAGCUUAUUAUUAAGAAUACUGUUGUUAUUUACUAUUGUGAGGUGAACAUUGUACGUUCAUUCGGUCAUAAUUAAAACAUGAUUUCUGUUCCUUGUUCUUA